AUGUCGACUCACACCAUCAUCCCAGUUGACAAAAAUUGGACCUUCAAACAAGCAGAUCAGAAAGAUGCCAAAUUCCUCCCUGUCGCCCAAUUUCCAACCAACGUCCACUUAGAUCUCAUCGCCAACAAUAUCAUUCCAGAUCCCUUCAUUGGCAAAAAUGAAAAUGAUGUUCAGUGGAUCGGUGAGGUACCUUGGGUUUACAAAACUAGCUUUCCAUCACCCACUAUCUCUACAGAUGAGCGGCGAACUGUCACUGCUAUUCUCGCCUUCGAUGGACUAGAUACAUUUGCCACCGUCAGAUUGAAUGGGAAAGAGAUACUGAAGACUGAAAGCAUGUUCAUCCCAGAACGCGUUGAUGUUACCACGCAUCUGAAGAAAGAAGGUAGCAAUGAGCUAGAGAUUACUUUCGAAAGUGCUUAUCUCAAGGGCUGUGCUCUUGUUGAGAAAUAUCCAGAUCACCGCUGGGGAUGCUGGAAUGGUGACAACUCGAGGCUAGCUGUUCGAAAGGCACAGUAUCAUUGGGGCUGGGAUUGGGGGCCAAUGCUAAUGACUUGCGGGCCUUGGAGACCGAUAAAUCUCGAGAUAUUCUCGUCCCGUGUAGCGGAUCUGUAUUUUACUUCUGAGGUCGACAAAUCUCUCAAGUCUGCAAAGUUUCAUGCCAAAGCUGAUAUCGAAGGCGAUGCAACUGAAGUUCGAUUUGAGGUCUCUCUCGACGGCAAGACCGUAGCAUCAGAAACCGUUCAGGCCGCGAAAGGCCAUGCGUCUCAUAACUUCGUACUAGAAGACCCAAAACUUUGGUAUCCCAUUCGUUACGGAGAGCAACCUCUCUAUUCGGUAACCGCCACUCUGAUUCAGGAAGCAUCGGAGCUUAGCACUCAAUCAAAGAAAUUCGGGCUAAGAAGAGCUCAGAUCAUUCAGAGGCCCAUGAAAGAGCAGCCAGGAACGACUUUUUUCUUUCAAAUCAACAACAUCCCAGUGUUUUGCGGAGGUAGCGACUGGAUUCCUGCGGACAACUUCAUUCCCAGAAUUACCAAGGAGAAGUAUUAUGACUGGGUGAAGUUGGUAGCAGACGGAAACCAGUUUAUGAUUCGUGUGUGGGGAGGUGGCAUCUAUGAGGAGCAAGCCUUUUACGAUGCUUGUGACGAGCUUGGUAUUCUCGUCUGGCAGGACUUCAUGUUCGGUUGUGGAAAUUACCCUGCUUUUCCGGAAUAUCUAGAGUCAGUAAAGAUCGAAGCCAAGGAGAACGUCAAGCUUCUUCGACAUCAUCCUUCAAUCGUCAUCUGGGCUGGUAAUAAUGAGGAUUAUCAGUAUCAAGAGUCUGAGAAUCUCACCUACGACUUUGAAAACAAAGAUGCUGAAAGUUGGCUCAAGACUGAUUUCCCGGCGAGGUAUAUCUACGAGAAAAUUCUCGCGGAUGCCUGCAAGGACUUGAUCCCGGACACGUUUUAUCAUUUCGGUAGCCCAUGGGGUGGUAAGGAUACCAGAGAUCCGACAGUGGGCGAUAUUCAUCAAUGGAAUGUCUGGCAUGGAACCCAGGAGAAAUACCAGAAUUUUGACAAACUGGUCGGCCGUUUCGUCUCUGAAUUCGGCAUGGAAGCAUUCCCCAACAUCAAAACAAUCGAAGCUUUUCUUCCACUUGGUAAGGACGAUCCUGAUCGAUACGCACAGUCGUCCACAGUCGAUUUCCACAACAAGGCCGAUGGUCAUGAGCGACGGAUUGCUCUCUAUCUGGUCGAGAAUUUCCGAUACGCACCGGAUCCGCUAGAGCAAUUUAUCUACUGCACACAACUCAUGCAGGCAGAAUGCUUGGCUAGUGCUUACCGGCUGUGGAAGCGACAAUGGAAGGGGCCAGGACGAGAGUACUGCGGUGGUGCUCUUGUCUGGCAGAUCAAUGAUUGCUGGCCUGUGACAUCUUGGGCGAUUGUGGAUUACUGUCUUCGUCCGAAACACGCCUUUUAUACCGUCAAACGCGAGAUGGCGCCAAUAUCGCUGGGAGUAACUAGGACAGAACAUUUAGUACCGAAAGAUAAACACACCAAGGCUUUCGUUGAGAAGACGACAAAGAUCGAGAUUUGGGGAUCUAAUCUCACCCUGGAUGAUCUAACUGUCGAUCUGGUCGUCAAGGCUUUCGACGCGAUAUCCGGGAAAGAGACAUAUUCGAAAACCAUCGAAUCAUCCUUCCUCCUCCCCGAGAACCGCAGUACCGAGAUGGCCGACUUUCUCGUUCCUGUGAACAAAGCGAAUUCCGACGAAGAGAUGCGGACCGUCGUCGCGGCCUACCUCUUCCAGGACGGUCGGCAAAUCGCGCGAUAUGUCAACUGGCCUGAGCCGUUGAAGUACGUGCAUCUCCAAAAACCGAAGCAGCUUCGUGUUUCAUUGAGCGAGGAUGCGAAGGUUGUUGAGGUUAGCGCGGAGGUCCCGAUUAAGGGUUUGGCUGUUGAAUGCGAGGAUGAUGGAGUUGUGUUUGAUGAUAAUCUGGUUGAUGUUGUGCCUGGGGAGGUUGUUUAUAUUGGUGUCAGAGGGGCUAAUAAGGCGUCGAAGAUUACUGGUAGGUAUCUUGGUAUGGUGUGA